AUGAGUUCGCUCCGAGUACAAAAGCGACUCGCGUCAUCAAUUUUAAGUUGUGGCAACAAGAAAAUUUGGCUUGAUCCUAACGAAGCCAAUGAAAUUGCCAAUGCUAAUACCCGUCAAAGUGUACGUAAAUUAAUUAAAGAUGGUUUAAUUAUUAAAAAACCAGUAGCAGUACACUCACGUUUUCGUACACGUAAAAAUAACGAAGCUCGUCGUAAAGGUCGACAUAUGGGUCAUGGUAAACGAAAAGGUACAGCCAAUGCCCGUAUGCCAACCAAGAUCCUUUGGAUUCGUCGUAUGCGUGUAUUACGUCGUUUAUUGAAAAAAUAUCGUGCAGCUAAAAAAAUCGAUCGUCAUUUAUACCAUGAACUUUACUUGAAAUGUAAAGGUAACGUUUUCAAAAACAAACGUGUAUUAAUGGAAUUUAUCCAUAAGAAGAAAGCUGAAGUACAACGAACCAAAAUGCUUUCCGAUCAAGCUGUUGCACGUCGUGAACGUACAAAGGAAAAACGUGUUCGUCGUGAACAACGUAUUGCUCAAAAACGUACUGAACUUUUGGGUAAAACUAAUGAAGAUGAUGAUACAAAUGUUGCUGUUCAACAAGCUAUUGAACAACAAGCUCAACCAGCUGUUGUUGCUCCAGCUUCACAAGCUCCAAAUAAAGAAAAGAAACAACAAGAUAAAAAACAACAAGAAAAAAAACAACCACAAGCUCCAGCUCCAGCUCCAGCUCCAGCAACAGCAACAGCACCAACAAAACAACAACCAACACAACAAAAGAAGAAAUAA